AUGACGGGCGUCGGCGGCCCGACCGGCGGUUCGGCCGCGCCGCCGUCGCAUCAGGGCCCGCCGCACGGUGGGCCGCCCGACCUGCUGACCAGUGGCCACCACCACGAUCUCGGCGGGUUCACCCGGAGCAUGGCGUUGGUGACGCCGGCGUGGCGCGACCCGCCCGGCGGUGGCGGCCACCAUCUGGACGAGCCGCAGCAGAGCACCACGCCGGGAACGGCCAGCUCGCAGUCGGGCGGUUCGCUGGUCACGCUCGGCGGACAGUGCGACAAAAACGGACAGAACAUCGAAUGCGUCGUGUGCGGUGACAAGAGCAGCGGUAAACACUACGGACAAUUUACUUGCGAAGGUUGUAAAAGUUUUUUCAAAAGGAGCGUCCGCCGGAAUCUCACGUACUCGUGCAGGGGCAGCCGGAACUGUCCCAUCGACCAACACCACCGGAACCAAUGUCAGUACUGUCGGCUGAAAAAGUGUCUGAAAAUGGGCAUGCGCAGAGAAGCCGUGCAGAGAGGUCGAGUUCCGGCCAGCCAACCUCCCGGGCUCACAGGACUUCCCGGUCAGCUGUGCCUGGCCAACGGUGAGGCAGCCGCGGCCGCGGCAGCCGCCGUCGGAGCUGUAGGACUCAACGGCCACUCGUACCUGUCCUCCUAUAUAUCGCUUCUAUUGCGCGCCGAACCGUACCCGACGUCUAGGUACGGCCAGUGUAUGCAACCGAACAACAUCAUGGGCAUAGACAACAUUUGCGAGCUUGCGGCCAGGUUACUGUUUAGCGCCGUCGAGUGGGCUCGAAACAUACCCUUCUUCCCAGACCUGCAGGUGACUGACCAAGUGGCCUUGCUGAGGCUCGUCUGGAGUGAACUGUUCGUACUGAACGCGUCACAGUGUUCGAUGCCACUGCACGUUGCCCCACUAUUGGCCGCAGCCGGGCUGCAUGCGUCUCCGAUGGCCGCGGAUCGUGUGGUUGCUUUUAUGGACCACAUACGUAUAUUUCAAGAACAGGUGGAGAAACUCAAAGCCCUUCAUGUAGACGCCGCCGAGUACAGUUGUCUGAAAGCCAUCGUCCUGUUCACCACCGACGCGUGCGGGUUGUCGGACGUGGCGCACAUCGAGUCGCUGCAGGAGAAGUCGCAGUGCGCGCUCGAGGAGUACUGCCGGACGCAGUACCCCAACCAGCCGAUCCGGUUCGGCAAGCUGCUGCUCAGGCUGCCGUCCCUGCGCACGGUCAGCUCGCAGGUCAUCGAACAGCUCUUCUUCGUCCGGCUGGUGGGCAAGACGCCCAUCGAGACGCUCAUCCGGGACAUGCUGCUCAGCGGCAGCAGCUUCAGCUGGCCGUACAUAAACUCCAUGUGACACUCCGUCUGGAGGCAGAUGACGGGCACGCCCGCCCCGUUGUGAUGCCGCGCCGCCGAUUGUUCUUACACACUCGCGUGUUGUCGCGUCGCUUCGUGAAAUAAAAUAUUAUCAUAUUGUAGUAUAUAAUAUGGAGACGAUACGCAAUAAUAUUUUUCGACGUGUGGCCGCGACGCGCGAACACGCCGAGGCAUCACCGCCGCGGGUACCGGACGUAUGCCGUCACCUUUAUACGCACGCGCGCGCCGAGAGAAAAUCACCAUCACCACACCGUCUCCGCCGCCGUCUCGUCGUAUCACCACCGAUAAUAUUAUUAUCAUAUUGUAAUAAUGCACAUCGCACUCGUCCAGUCGGCACACGACCGAACGAGUAACGUGUUCGACGCGCCAUGCCCUAUUAUGUACUACGGCAUCGCGCGAUUAUUAUAAUAUAUUUUAUAAUUAUUAUUAUUAUUAUUAUUAUUAUUAUUAUUAUUAUUUAUAUAAUAUAUAUUACCUAUAUGCGUUUUAUUAUUAUUAUAUCUUUUUUUUUCGUUUGUUUUUAUUGUUUUUAUUAUUAUUAUUAUUAUUAUUUUUAAUUUUAAUAUCCCAAAAAUUAGGCCCCAAGUGCGUUUUAGUCUACACGUCACUUACAGACGACCGGGAGAGUUGCAAUAAAUUACGAUUUUAUACCGUAAAGAAACAUUUUAUUUUUCUCGGGUUACUCGUGAUGUAAAAUUCCAUCGGUUGUACAUUGAAUAGUUUUAAAUUUAUUAUUACGACUAUACCUACUAUUUUUAUCAUAUCAACUGUAUAGUCAAACUCGCGGCUGUAAAUACCUAUUUAUAAUUGUAUAAAUGAUAUACACACACACACAUGUACAAAUGCUUAUGGGCGGCUUAUGGACAUACAUAUCGAACCAAUAAAAAAAAAAAUAACGCCCCGUGAGAAUAAUAAUAAUAAUAAUAAUAAUAAUAAACGUUUUUGAGUCAUAGUACGAUAAUAUUAUAUUUUAUUAUUUAGGUUAUUGUUUUGUUUUCUUUGCAGACUUUUUUCUUUUUUUUUUUCUUAUUUAUACUAUGACAUUAUUAUUACGCAUUUAUGUAUAAUAUUUAUUAUUAAAUUAUAUUAACACGUUUGAAACCAUACCUUAUUACCUGUAUUACCUAAACUAAACACGCCAUUUCUCUUUUACUUGAUCUGUACAUAAUAUUAUAAAACGACAUUGCGUAUUUACGCGCAUAUAUUAUAAUACAUUUAACUGCAGACACACGCCGUAAAAACAUAGAUAAUUAAAAUGCAAGUUUCAUCGCUGCGCACGAGUAUGCAGCGUUCUACUAUAUUUUCAAAAAUACAAUAUACGUACUCAUUUUUAUUUAUUUUCAACGUUUUCCAAUGUCUGAUUGUCUAAGUGGCAUGUCUAGUUGAAUUGAUCAAGGCGGUGGCUAUACAGCUACGCCUCGUCAAGACCGUAAAUCCAUAAUAUUAUGAUAAUAAUUAUAAAGUUUGUUUUAUCUAUAUAGGUAUAUAUUAUAUGUAUGGCUUUUCGAUGA